AUGGGCUGGGCUGAGCGGCUGGGACAAGCGGCGAAGGAGGCCGUGGACGAGGCGGGCGACCUCUCCGGUCUGGAAGAUACGUGUCAGCGCUUCUGCGCACAGCUGCAGGCAGGCGCUGCGAGCGACGAUCAUGAAGUCUGCAGCACAAUGAUGGCCGCCCUGUUGGAGGUGGUGCAGAGCCCCGGUGCGGGCACCGACGCUGUUCUGGAAUUGCUUGCGCUGGACCUUUGCCCAGUGUUGGGCGUGGUCUCGCGAUUGCCGGCGCCGUGCGCUUCUUUGGCGGGUCAGAUAAUGAGUACUCUCGCAGGUAGGGCUCCCCCGCGGGAGGUUUUUGCCGGCGUGCUCGAAGUUUUGGACGUCUGGGCCUCCGCAGAGGAUGCGCAAACGGGAUUGGACCAUUUGAUGGUGUCCAUUCUGGAGGGUCUGCCGACUUUGCUGGGUCGCUUGAAACGCAAGCAGACCGUGUUCCUGUCGACUUGUUUGAAUCCUGUUCUGAAUGUCGUCCGUCGCAUCACCGAGGACGUGUUGCAGGGCUGCUGCCCGCAGGAUUCCGAUCUGGAUGUUGUUACCCCUGACGGCGGGAGUCAAGAGGAUGAUGAGAGCAGGGCUGCUGCAGUGGUGCUGCGUAUCUCAAAGCGUUUCUUGGCGUUUGCACAGCACGUUCGAAUCGCGGUACUGAAGGAAGCGGGUAUCCUUGCUGACAAUGGUUCAGGAAGAGAGACAGAUGUUCGCAACAUCAUGGCGCCAUUUUUCCUCCUCCUUUGGGAGAGGCUUGCCGUGGCGUGGAACAGCUCUGACAUUUCCACGUGCUUGCUGGAGGGGUCCGAUAGCGCACAGCUUCAUCUGCAGCUGGUGGCAGACUUGUGCCAUGACCUGAAAAUUUGCACAGAUGGCCUUCCUGACUGGGAGUCGUUGGCGGAAUCUUGGGCAGCAGCCUCUGAUAGAGACCCUGAUGCAGAGGUUGCCAGUAGGAUGGAAACUGGGUUCGCUUUCCUGGUCUUGGCAGCACACCAGGACAGGAAAAUAUUCGACUCCCUUCUGCUUGAACACAAAAAGCCCAUCGAAACAGCAUUCCGGUGCAGCACAGUCUUGCUCUCUUCGGACAACAGUCUGCAGACCUUUGCUUGCACCUCUGCUGGCCUGCAGCUUGUUCGUCUGUCAACGAAGGGUGACAGUGGCACUCGCACAAGCGCUGCCCAGCUUCCUCAUUCAGAUGCACAAAGCAGUCGCUCAGAAGAGGGGGGCAGGCUAAAAGCUGUGGCCUCUGAUCAAGACAGCACAACAAGUGCUGAAAAGUCAACCGAACCCACUUCACUGGCAGUGAGUCCCAAGGUGUUGCUGCCAUUGAUGGAUCGCCUUGUUCACCAUAUGGAGUGCAGUCCAGUAUUGGAAUUUCGCAUACAAGCCCUGGCCUGCAUAGAGUGUGGAUUGGAGUCGGUGUCGGAAGAAGUGCGAUGGGAAGCCCUUGGGAGGUUGGUAACAACACCUUGCCCAGAGAUCGCAGCCUUGAUGAUCCAAAUUGUCACACGCAACGUUGUGCGGGCCUGGGACAAGAACGAUACAGGCUCCGUGCUGAUGACGCCAGCAGUGUGGGAUCUGCUGAAGCGACUGCUUCUCCAGGCAGAACACCAGGCCGACUGGCUGGAUAUUGCUGUACGCGCUGAGGCACUGAGCGCCAGCCUGAACUUGUACAGAUUUCUGUUGCUGCGGGAGAUGAAGCAGGGGUCCAGCAGAACAGGUGUCAGUUCAAAGGAUGCGAUUCGACUUGUCUGCCAUCGCUGUUUAGAUCCAAUCCGCACUUGUGCAGCCCAGGCCCUGCAGUGGGAGGAGGUGGCCCCGUGCUCUCAGCCUGUGGAUAUUAUGGCUGUGCAACGGUUGCUGGUUGUUCUGGACUGUGUUGCUGACAUUGUUAAGACUUCAAUAUUAUAA